AUGGCGUGGCCAAAUCACUCUCAGGAGAUUACAAUCCCUGCACGUUCACUUGGUCCAUCCGUCGAGACGCCGUUUGGCACAGAUUUUUCGCUCGAACUCUCCGGUGCACUCGAAUCCGACGCACACGACCAUUUGUCGGGCAAAGAAACCCAAAUGGAUGACUUUGCGAGCAUCGUCAUGCUCGAUCCAGAGGUGCUCGCCUCGUUGAUCAUCCAAUUACGCACAAAUCUCUCGUCGGCGACGAGGGAGCGAGAUUUGCUCCGUGGGGAGCGCGACGAGCUCAUUCGAGAUCUCGUCAUCACCCAGACGCGUCUGCAGGAUCUCGAGGGCUCUCAGGAACGAGAAGUACAGCUCCUCAACGAAAUGGCGAGCUGGCGUAAACGGGCAGAGGAUGCAGAGGAGCAAGUAGCCAUGUUGCGAGGAAAAGUCGAGGAGAGUCGCAGAGCGGUUAUGACGCUGCAGACGCAGAGUCGACGGCUUUCCCAGUUGACGAGUGCCAGCCCCCACGCUAGUCCACUCGCUCAGACGUUUGGAACCGUGUCGGCCGGAAGCGAUGGGAAUACCCUUCGUUCGCCGUUCCAGAAACGAAUGAGCUUGCAGCCCGCAGCGCCCGGUGCGACUCCAUCGCCCAACCCUAGGCGCGGUCAUCGACGAGAGAGGUCGUUGACGGAUAUCACGUCCUCUGUGACCUCUGGUGAGUCGGAGUCGACCGAGUCUUCUGCGCAAGAGCACGGCGCGAGUCCUCCGCGCCCACCUUCUCGUCGACAGUCGACCGCCGCCCAUACCCGUCCCACAGAGUCGCUGUUGAAUCCGUAUGCAGCGGAAAUGGAGUCACUACGCCAGGAACUGAUUAGCGUUCGAAUGGAGCUCAUCGAAGCUAAGCAAGAAGCGUGGGAAGCCAGCGAGGCAAAGGAAGCGAGCGACGUUUGUUUAAAGGCGCUGAAAGAGUUUAUUGCAGAGAAUAGCAUUGGCGACGGGGCUGCCAAAGCGGAUGCGACUGGAGAGGCCACUUCUCUUCGCGGCCUUUCUCUUCCACCCCUCCCAACGGAUCGCAUCGACGACGAAGAAGGCAUGGAGACACCAGUGGCCACUCAUGCGCAUUCUGCUUCUGUGUCCAGUCGCAAAGGAUGGGGCCUUGGGUUUUGGUCAAGUGCGCCCACCCCAGCAGCGCUGUCAUCGGAACCUGCUCCCCCUGUUGUGUCAAGCGCGAGCUCGGGCACUCCUGUUGUUAGUCCAUCCUCCCAGUCGCAAGCUACUUGCACUAAAUCACCUCCCCCUCCCCCUCCCGCCCAAUCCGCUGGUGCAUUCAGCAGCUUCGUAUCUAGAUGGAAGCGUACAGACUCGACCACUUCCCCGCCUGCGCCCGUCACUCCUGCCGUCUCGACAUCCAUCGCGUCCGCCUUUAGGUGGAGUCAGGCGUCAUCUUCAUCUUCGUCUACCUCGCCCAACGCUUCUGCUGAGAACGACAGUUAUACUCCAGCUCCCAAACCCGGAAACCUCAAGCGUCGCCCUUCGGCAUAUAGUGUCAUGACGACCUCGACCAAGAGCGAGAUGUCGGACCGCGACUCGGUUCGCAAAGAGACGCUAUUCUCGUACGAUAAUACACAAGACUCGAUGCUUUCGACUAUUCCUCUGGAUGCGAUUGGCGAAAUCCAAACCUCGCCAGUAGAAAUGACCUUUUCGCCACAAGAAAUCUUGUUGGGGGACGCCAGCUCAAUAUCGACACCUUCACUGACUGAUGUGGAAACUAUCACGACUGCCAGCGGCACCGGAAGCGCCAGUGAACCCGAUAGUCCUGAGAGCACUCAGAGCCCCAUUCAAGGGAGACUAUUGACUGGGAGGCGACCACCGUCGCUCAACCUAGUGGACGCAAAAAGUGAAGUUCAGGUGUCUGUCGAAGUCGCUACCCCCCGCACACCUGUUCCUCGUCGCCCAUCGCCGGGUGCAGGCAGCCGCUCCCGCUCAUCGAGCGUGACUACCAAAGGACAGGAUAUUCCACCAGUACCAAUCCCUCCUGUUCCAGCAAACCCCUUUGUCAGUCGUUCUAGCGCAUCUUCAUCCCCUGCCUCGUCUCCAAAGAUGAAGUCGCUCGGCGUGGGGUCUCCUGCCGAGGGAAGGAAGCGUGCGCGUUCACGCGCGGCGAGUAAUGCCAUGAUGACGAUUGAAGAGGCGUCGGCUGCAAAGGCUGAACAGGCGGCUGACGUUUGA